AUGAGUUUAGCAUCUGGAUUCACUUCAGUUUUCUGCUCAAGUGAAGACCCGAGCUAUCCAUUUGAAAACUUAUUCAAGGACGAUAUUCCAGCUGGUUGGAUUUCAAUGCCAAAUCCUUCAUUUCCAAUAGAAUCUAUUGUUGACAUGAAGGCGCCAUUUGUUAUGAAUGGCUUGGACAUUGUAAGUCAUGAAUUUAUGAUUGCUAACAGAAUUGAUUUAUUCGGAACACUUGACGAAAAAUUAGAUAAGAAAACUCAGUGGUUUUCAAUCGGAUUUUUCACAUUCAACACAAAUCAAAGAAGCCAAUGGGUUGCUCGUGAACUUAAGCACGUAACAAUCGAAAAUGUUACAGUCAGAUAUCUUCGAAUUUUAAUUGAAGGUGUCCAUGAUGUUCCGCCAAAUAGAGACAACAGAUGUGCUCUCAUUUCGCUUACAUUCAAUGGACAUAAAGAAAUUAAGCCUAGAAUGACAGGAUUAUCCGAAUUAGUUGAAGAUUUAACAAAUGCUAAAAUAGCAGCAGUCGAAGAAGAAAACUAUUCUACUGCAGCGCAAUACAAAGAUCAAUUACUCAAUAUCGAAGAAAAUAAAGACGAAUUAACAACAUUAUUUAACCAAAAAGUUGAAUUUCUCAAACAAGAAGAAUAUCUCGAAGUCGAAAAUGUCAUGCAACGAAUCAACUCGAUCAUUAAACGUCCGCGCGAUGAAAUUGAAGAGCCAAUUGAAGAAAUACCUCAACAUCCGAUCACAAUUACCGAACCAAUACCAGAACCUAUACCAGAACCAACACCUCCAGCUGUUUCUGUUGAAGAACAGCCACUCCAAGAGAUGCCUCAAACUGAUACUCUUAUUCAAGUCAAUGAAGAUGCCGGAUUCUUCCUUACAGGCUUCGACAAGAACACUACAAUUGCUAUUGCACCAGAAGAGCCCGUUGAGCAGCCUCCACCUGAAGAAAUCCCAGAAGAACCGCCUCAACCAUCUCCUGUUGAAGAAGAGCCAGAACCGCUUCCUCCUCCGAAGAAACAAAGGUCUAUCGAUGUCCAAGACUCGCCAAGACGCAUCGCGCCGCCUAAAGAAAGGGUUCCAAGAUUCAGUAAACCUCCACCAGACUCUCCACCGAAGAAUGAUACUCCUGAUGAGUUAUCUGAUGAACAUAAGAGUGAAGCUGCAACUUUGAUAUCGUUAUUCGGUGAAAAAGUUGUUGCAAUCGCUUAUUCCCAAAAUUGGUCGCUCAGAGUUCAAGGAUUGGAGAAGCUUUGCGAGUUGAUAAAAGGCCUAAAGACGAAACCAGAACAGACGCGUGCUCUAAGUGGAAUUUUACCUUUAAUGAGAAGAAGAUUCGGAGAUGGCUUGAAAGCAACGUAUUGUGCGGCCGUUGAACAGAUGAUAAAUAUUCUUGAAGCCCUCAAAGUCGAAGGAGCUGAGCUCGGAUCUGCUGUCCACGUUUUGUUUCCGAUCGCAUUAUCAAAAGUAGGAGACACAAACGUCAGAAUUGAUGAAGUAUCGAAUACUUUUGUCCUUUGGUGUGCAGAUAAAGAUAAAUGGGCAAGAGAAGAGCUUCAACAAUACGCAAUUAAGUCUCCACCAUCAAAUCAAUACCAUCUUCAAAAGGCCAAGCUAAUAUUAAUCGAGAAAAUUAUCGAAAAAUACGGAAUUGGUGAUAAAGGUAAGGUAAAACUUGGAGAAGUCAUGGGAUUAGUUGCUCCUUGCUUAGAUUCACGUAAAGAAGAGGUCAGAAAGAUGGCAAUCAAGUUAACAAUCUCGUUGCAACAAAAAUACGGAACUGCAAUUGAGAAAUACAUGAAGAACGUUCCAAGAUUAGUUAAAGACCAAUUGGCAGCUGCCACAGCAAAUACAGAUGCGCAUUAA